CUUCGCCACAGUGCGCGUUAGACGACACUUAAAUUCGGACUGUUACCUACACAUACACAACUCGUGUAUAUUUAGCUUAUGCAUGUGUAUUUCCCUCUUAGAAAACUUUAGCGAUCUUUGCCUCACUUUUUCCUCUUGGAUGUUUGGUUAGCGAUUAUUUUGGUGCUCGAGAUGAUGACUGUUAUCUCUUUUUUAGUUUAAUCUUAGUCCUAAAGACGAGGAGAAGAGAAAGAAAUCCCACAUUUUGACAGACGGGAAAAGAAGGGCUCAAAGUGAGGCGAUGAUCUACUUCGAAACUUAAAGAUCUACAUUUAUUCUGAAAAUAUUCGUAUUAUAUAAUACUAAUUAUUUAUUACAUUUGUUAGGUUCACUCAAAACUUUUAUUUUAACCACAGUUGCUUACGAAAUAAGCGUUUUGCUCGGAUUCUGUUGCUCUCCUUCGCAAGCCGGAGAAAACGACGCGUCCAGACACUUCAGUAGGUCUUCUGGAGUUCAGAAACCGCCAGUUUUCGCGAUGGAAGCUGUAUACGCUUAAGUUUGAAUAAAAUCUUCCUGACUGUAGGAGAGACGGAGUGAUUUUGGCUAAUCUAUCUAUCCUACCUUUUCCCGAGGAAGAGCCAAACCAUAUUUUUAUGAAAUGCUAGCUGGUUCACGGUGCGUUUUGUAUUAAGUUUUUUUUUUUUCGCUUCCGGUAUCACCGAAGAAACCGAGUCCAACUGACUCUCCUCUUUGAGAAGCUGAACUUCAUAAAGAGGAAAAUGGGUCUUUGAGACUGGUGGCAAAUGUCCCUGCUCCACAAUGGCCAGCGAAACUUUUAUGGUGAACGAAGAUCCCUCCAGAGGCCCUGGACUGCCUGAGUGCUUUGUAGUGUCCGAUUCGUACAGGGAUGAGUUCCACCCCUUCAUCGAGGCCCUCCUGCCGCAUGUGCGUGCCUUCGCCUACACCUGGUUCAACCUGCAGGCGCGCAAGCGCAAGUACUUCAAGAAGCAUGAGAAACGGAUGACCAAGGACGAGGAGCGCGCGGUCAAGGACGAGCUGCUGAGCGAGAAGGCCGAGGUCAAGCAGAAGUGGGCAUCCCGGCUGCUGGCCAAGCUGCGCAAGGACAUCCGGCCCGAGUUCCGCGAGGAUUUCGUGCUGACCGUCACGGGCAAAAAGCCGCCAUGCUGCGUGCUGUCCAACCCCGACCAGAAGGGCAAGAUCCGGCGCAUCGACUGCCUGCGGCAGGCCGACAAGGUGUGGCGGCUGGACCUGGUGAUGGUGAUCCUCUUCAAGGGCAGUCCUCUGGAGAGCACGGAUGGUGAGCGGCUUGUCAAGUCACCCCAGUGCUCCAACCAUGGCCUGUGUGUGCAGCCUCACCACAUCGGAGUCUCCGUCAAGGAGUUGGACCUCUACCUGGCCUACUUCGUCCACUCGCCAGAAUCAGGACAAUCAGACAACUCCAACCAGCAAGGAGAUGCCGACAUUAAGCCUCCACCCAAUGGCCACUUGAGUUUCCAGGACUGCUUUGUGACGUCAGGAGUGUGGAACGUCACCGAGCUCGUCCGCGUAUCACAGACCCCAGUUGCAACGGCAACCGGCCCAAAUUUCUCACUGGCGGACUUGGAGAGUCCCAGCUACUACAAUAUCAACCAGGUGGCCUUGGGACGCCGAUCCAUCACCUCUACUCCAUCCACCAGGACUGAAAUGGAGCUCUAUGCAAGUCUUCCACGGAGUUCCAACAAGCGCAAGUCCAUCGAUGACAGCGAGAUGGAGAGCCCGGUGGACGACGUCUUCUACUCCGGCCGCUCGCCCGCCGCCAGCAGCUCCCAGUCCAGCGGCUGGCCCAACGACGUGGAUGCAGUGCAGCACCAUUUGGCCAGUGUGCAGGAGAGGAAGAUUAAACAUGAAUCCGAUGGCGUGCAGUUUCCUUACCAUGGACUCUCCUCGCCUGGUUCUCUUAAGAAGCCGGGAAAGUUCGAUUUCAGCGCCCUGUCGCCCCAGACGAGGUCGCCCCGCAUGGCGUUCACCCACCACCCGCUGCCAAUGCUGGCGGGAGUAAGACCAGGGAGCCCCCGUGCCUCGGCCUCCGCUCUGCACUUCCCCUCUUCCUCCAUUAUACAGCAGUCCAGUCCCUACUUCGCCCACCCCACCAUCCGUUACCACCACCACCCGGGACAAGACCCCCUCAAGGAGUUUGUGCAGUUUGUCUGCUCUGAUGGUCCCGGACAAGCCGGCGCACAGCCCAGCGCGAGCGGCCAGACCAAAAUGGCGGGCUCCUUCUUGCUGCCGCCUCCUCCCCCCGUGGCCCGCCCAGUGCCCCUCCCCAUGCCCGACCCCAAACCCAGCAGCACGCCCCCUGACGGCGGACUCAGCUCGCCCGCACCUCCGUCAUACCCCACGCCAGGCCCCACAGCUCCCAACAGGUUUGUCAGCAUCGGAUCACGGGACAACUUUCUGAACAUCCCCCAGCAGACCCAGUCUUGGUUCCUCUGACAAGAGCUGGUUUGAAUUAAGCAACUAUAAUUCUGUAAAUGAAAAUCAGGAAUUAAAAAAAAGACUCAUCAGAAAUUCACCCCUUAUCUCAGAAAGAAACAAAAAAAAUUAAGAAUAAUGACAAUGAUCGGAAUAAUCAUGACGUUACCAAUUAAAUAUUUAGAGAUAUUUAAAAACUUAAAAUGCAGAAAUCAGAAGAGGAAACGGAAGAUGGAGUCAUCUCUAAACCACGGAACAAAGGAGGGACCGCCCCACAGCAAUCGUUAAAAUAUUCGUUUAACAAGAAUGUGGCCUGCAGUGGCAGAGAAGUCAACAAAACUGCUUUUGAGCGAAUAGAAAAAGCAGAGGAAACAAUAAAUGAAUGGAGUUAAUUUUAAGUUAUGGUUAAAAUUUGUAACUGGUUCAGUGCGAGUGCUGAUAACCUUUAAUCGGAUCAAAUUGGACUGUCCUGACCUGGAGGUGUGGGUCAGAAGCGCUUGGUGGGACCCUGUCUCGCUCUGGGGGGUCACAGUGUCCUCGUGCCAUGAUGUGGCAUGUGCAGGCCUGCGUCCCCUUUGAGAUCGGUCUGCUCAAGCGUGACAGGAAGUGGAGACUGCGAUCUGAGGCGCCGUACCGUGUAAUUCCACAGACUGGCGUGAAUACUAACACUGCGACCGAACCGGAACCAGCAUGCACUGUCGGAACAUAUGAGACGUUGGGACACUUUGUACAUCCACGAAUAAAUGAGUAAGGAUCAGUGUAGCCCCCCCUUGCCGGGUUGACCCCGGUACAUCUGUACAUAUAAACACACAGUAUGUGAGCAUGAAGCAGAGCCAGGCAGAGAGCCACACUGUCACUGCGUGGCACACAGAACACACCGGAAUAGCGCCCAGCCCCGCAGCUGAGACGGCUGUCUGCGUCUCUCAUCCUCAGCAGGAUUUAUUUUUUCCAUUAGCCCCUUUCUUCCUCUAUUCCCUCUUUUCGUUUCAGUGCAGAUUUUUUUUUUUUGGCUUUAGUUUGGGUUCCUUUUUUAUUCUUGCACUAUCCAUGUUUAAGUUACAGGCACUCAUCUCAGACCCCCCCCCCCCCCAGUAGAGUAGCACUGCCACGUGGCUGGAGGGUGAAAGGGUGCCAGCUCCUCACCCCCAUCCUCCUCUGUAAGGUUUUCAGCAAUGUUUACAUUCCCCAUAGCUUUGGGAUGAUGCCGGAGGGCGGAGGAACCUUUGACUAUACUUCAGGGGUGUCGGGGAGGUGCUCGCUAGAACUGGAUUCCAAAAAAGGUCUUUCGUAAUUGCAAAUAAAAAUAUUCACAUGGCAGUCUGCGUCCACAAGACGGGCUUCCUGUGGCAGUCUGCGUCCACAAGACGGGCUUCCUGUGGCAGUCUGCGUCCACAAGACGGGCUUCCUGUGGCAGUCUGCGUCCACACGAAGGACUUCCUGUGGCAGUCUGCGUCCACACCAAGGGCGUCCUGUGGAAGUCUCACAACACACAAGACGCGUUUUGACUCCCAGGCCUCUUAAGUGACCCCUGUACCAACUGCAGGUCCUUCCCUUCCGAAUCUGAUCUGUUCUGGUCGCCCUUUACGGCCGUUCCAGGCAAAAUCAGGGCCCAUAAAACUCAGCUUGUUUUCCAUCUUGCACCUCAUGCAUCACAUCACCAAAAUAGUGACCCACCUCCCAGCACCUCUAAGCUGACCACCGCAGAGCAUAGAGCUUCAGGACCAUCAUGCCCUCACCGUACCAACUGUAGAGACCACUGGCAGCUGUCUCCAAGCUUGGAGUCCCCCUGCACAGCUACAUCACUACACUACCCCAGUCAACACAAUCACCCUGACGCUCCAGGACAGGAAAGCCCCUUCUUUUGGGUUACAUAAAGCUUUUUGUUUCACUUUCCCAUAUCGCUCUUUAAUUUUAGGUAAAUCUUUGUAUAUAUUUCAAAGUUCAAACCACUGACCUCAAAAAAAAUUAAAUAAAAAUAACUGGACUGCCUAACAGUUGGUUUCAUUGCAGGGACAACAUUGUAGCCAGACAGUAACCUCCUGAUCAGCUUCAUGGAGAGAUAAGAUGAUUUCAUUUUUCAUCUAUGGAAAGUGCCUCUGUAUUCCCAUUAUGCAAUCUGUUGAACAUGAAGUCAGGUUUUGUCUUUCACAUAUAAGCUUUGAAGAAAUGUUAUGUCUGGGAAUCAUUGGUUCUACAAAUAACAGAUGACUAAAAGAGAUUGCAAGCAUCUUAAUAUAUAUAUUAUACACAUAUAUUAUAUAAUAUAUAUAUUAUACUCGCCUAAAUGUAUUUAUGAAUAUAUACAUUUUUUUUUUUUGCAAAAUAGGCAGUCUAGUUAUUUUCAAUGCCUGGCACUGUCAAUGGUACACCGUAAACUGCAAACUUGUAAAAAAAACCUUCACAGUAUCCAGAAAUAUCACAGGAAUUCCACUGCAAAAAUUGCUUUUACAAAAAGAAGUGGCAAUAGAUUUGAGGCAACAGAUACAGCCUAAUUUUCUUGUAUUUUUUCCAGUUUGGAUGGAAAGUAUUAUUGAGAAAUAAUGUAUGUUGAUUGAGCCAUGUGCAAUGGGUAGAUAAUUGUGUUUGUCUGUUAGAGGUUGUUAAGAGCGUUGAGCGAAAAAAGAGGAAAACCUUUUUUUUUUUUUUAAAGUCCUCGCUUUGGGACUCUAAACACAAGGGCGGAGAAAAAAUCCUGGUCUUUGUAUGUUUGGGGAAAUUGUUAAAAUCUUGUUUUUGUUUAUUCCCUUUUUAAUGUUUUAUUCAUAAUUGUUUUUAAACAUUCAUGGGAGGGCUGAAGGAACAAUUACAUGGAAUAUCAAGAAAAAUGAUAUAUCACUAAUGAGACUGGUGCUUUUUACUAUAUAAAGUACAUUUAAACUUUAUUAUACAUAAAUAAUGAUAAAGGAAAUUAAGUGUUGUCAUAAAGCACAUUUAGGAAAAAUGCAUUUUCUUCUAUUUCUCUUUUUGUAUCUUGGGGGGGUGGGUCGGUUAUUUUAUUUGCGGUUAUGACAAAAGGCAUUUUUAUUCAACCUUUACGCAGCUCGUUAAGAGUCGUCACCCACAGCAUGGGGGGACGAUCAUCGAUCUCUAACAUGAAAAUCGAAGUGUCCCUUUUACAAACGUCAAAGGCUAGAGGCGAACGUUAGGCCGCACGCAGCUAACUCGGCACGCCAAGCGAAGCAGUGCAACACGGACCCCUAAAUCCGAGUCUGGGGUCGGCAUCCGUAUCUCCGCAGACAGAACCUAAAGAGAUGCCAUUCCAGCAUCCCAUUACGUAGCUGGAACCAAGAGCUCGAGGCUCUGAGCGCGCACACACACGCAAACAUGCGUGCUUUCUAUGCCCGUCUUCAGCACCGGUCUUGGACAAGAUCUUCCCAGAUUUUGGAAGAUGCAUCAGAGAGUGGGAAGCUGCCCCUAGCUGACACUGAGCAGUGCCGAAAGAGCGGAGUGGUCUGUGACAUGGACUCUUGUUCUUGUCGAUACAGCAGAUCAGAGCCUCUGUUCCAGCACUCCAGGUGGAGAGCAGAUGCACAUUCACAUGACGGUCACACAUCCAUGCGGUCAUGCAGUGCAGAUUUGGAGCAUUUAAAGGUUGUCCCUGAAAAGUGCCUUUUGUCCACAGAUUCCAACUUGUAAUCCAGAGUGCCCUUCUCAGUCCCUUUCCUCUUCCUCCUUCUGUAUCCUCCUCUUCUUCUAGCUUUUCAAAGCCGUAUAUAUAGUACUAAAGACAAUUGGUGUGAUUUAGCUCUUUUUAUCGUUAAAUGAUUAAGAAAAUACAAAAGGCAAAAAAAAAAAAUGUCUUUCUCUUGCUUUCCUCUGUCUAUCCUUUUUCUCUCUUGGACACUGGAGUAGUCUAGCUGUGCAUCUGUCCCCCCUCCCCAACCCCAAGCAGAGGGGUUUAUAAAAAUUUGCAAAAUCUUUCGUCUGAGCAGAAUGCAGUUAGCUCACUUGUUAUUCUUGUCUGUACGCUUCACGAUGUAUCACCAUACCCAACUCUUCAGCUUCUCCAUUGAACAGCUAAUGUAAGUGAACAAGUUACGCCUAUGGGCUCUUGUGGGUAGUGGCUUUGGGGAGGGCCGGCAAUAUUGGGUGAUUUACCUUUGUGUGGGGGGGGGGGGUGUAAUAAAUGGGGAGGGGAUAUUAUUUGGCCUUGAGAUUACACAGUCAAAGGAACUUGAUUUGCGGUCAAGUCGGGGGUCAUAAGGGGACGACAUACGAAUUGUGUUUUUAAGCUAUUUAUUCUGUUUUUUAUAAUGAAAUUUGGUUUUGCUUUGAUAUUUUUGUCAUUUGAGGAAAAACAAAAGUAGGCAAGGUAUAGGCAGCAGGAAUUUAUGCUAAUCAUUUUGCAUUGUAGAGAAAUUGCACCUUUUCAGUGGUUGUAUGAGACCAUCUGUUUAAAGUAUUAAGCGGGAAAUAGUACCUGAGAGCUCAAAGCACCUUAUAACCACCUGAGUUCAUGCAAGGCUGAGCGCAACAGCUGAAGUUUACACAAAGAAACCCUAAAUUCAGGGUUUCAGAAUGAAGAAACUUAAUCAAAAAGCCUUAGACUAAAUUCAGAUUAUCUCCUAGGCUGCCUAUACAUUUGUUUCCCUGUGGAAACAGUAAAGUUGAGAAAAGUCUUGGCAUUAGUUGAACACGAGAAACUGAAAAUAAUAGGUUGACCAUGCACUGGUUAAAAAUGUGCCCAAGAGGAAUGCCCGUAACCCCUCCUGCUGCCCUCUACUGGAAAUGGGACAGCCCUGCGCUCAGUUUGCAUGGACCAGCCGUGUUUUUGUUCUGUUUGUUCUGUAGCACCGUAUACCCCAGGCUAUGAGUGGCCCCGCCCCCCACUGUGACCUCAGCGUCUGUGUUCCAGAAAGCCCUGCCCCUAGAGCCCAUGGUGAAAUGCAUGUGUUAAUUACUGUUUUUUUUCCAUGAUAAUAAAAGCAGUUCCUAAAGAGCAGCGCCUUUAACUGGUUGAAUAAAAGGAUGUUCUUGGCUGUAA